UAACCCUACCGCUGUUGCGCUCACUUUAACAAAGAAACGACAAGGGAACGUUGUGAUUGUGUAGGACUGCUUGCUGCGUGCUGGUAGAUAACGAAACGCGAUGGCACGUCAUCCCUACAACACCCGCCACGCCAAUCGCCAUGAAACCCCGACGACGGUGAGCGCAGUGUACCGCGGAACAACGCGACGCCGGCGUCCCCGACGGCGAAGUGGCCCUCGCUUGGUGACUCGCGCAAUCCUCGAACGCUAUGUCGCCGCCAUGCCUCGGGUGAGACCAUGGGGUAUGCCGGAACUGUUCGACCACGUACCCGAACUGGCGCCCCAGGCCGGCGCUUUGACGCACGUCAUCGACGGAUACGUCGUGCUAGAAUCGAACGAACCGUUCCCGAUCGUGGUUGAACGAAGCUCUCCGGAGUUCGGACAAGCUACCCCUCAUGUGCGGCCCGGACUGGUGGUUCCGAAUUUUCGUCCGCCAUCCGACAGCACGAAUGAUGCACCGGCUGCCGUCGACCACGUUCCGAAUCGGGAUGCGGCAGCUGCGUUAGCUCCUGCCGGAGGAGGAUCGGAAUCAGCUUUUAUCGUCGAGCAUCCUGAAGACAACGCCAAUGGUAAUGCAAGUGGUGCGAUAGGUUGGGCUUGGCAGGACAUUCCUAUAAGCUCUUGGUUUCUGUACCCUCAAUGGUAUGACAUGCCGGACGUGCAGUGACAUGCUCCACACUGUGACAUCAAAGCUUUUUGCAAUGAUGCCCGAAGACAGUGCAAGAAUCCAAGAGAAUGCACACAAGUUGCAGUGACAUUUGCUUCAGUCAUCUAGUCAGUGUCUUCAAAUUCAUUUUUGAACUUUUGUUUCGUUUCUUUUUUCACAUAUUGGGCUGCCAAGUUGGGGGUGCGAGAGUGCAGCCCUUAGUCAAGUAUAUACAGUAUUACUAGUAGUCUCAAAAAGAUAUGGACACAUUACUUGUUAUGCCCUUUGUUCCACCACACGCAAAGGAAACCAUCUUUAUGGGAAAUAAAGAAAUGUUCAACCAACUUGUUUUCCUGUUUUAAAAUUAAAAGCAGAGCACAGAAAUUUCAGCAAGCCUUAAUGUGCUGGAGUGUUCUGCAAGCUGAGCUAUUGAUCAGCAGCAAUAAAUGUGGUUCAGAUAGUCAAAAGUAAUUACCAACAUCAAUAACAGUACCUUAAUCCUAUAUAGUAAUAAACAAUGUACUUUUACAGGCUCCCUUUGAGCUUCAGCCAUUUGUUUCUUUUUGUUCUUUGUCUUGGUGUAUAGCCACAGAAGUAUUCAACAAGUGUAGGAGCAUCACAUGCACUAUAUUACAUGACCUGUGCAGAUCAAGGUGCUUCCGCAUAUCAUCCUCAGCUCGCAUGUGUUGACAUCCAUUUACCAAGCUCAAUGAAAGUAGCUACGGUGCGCUAGCCAUGUAGCCACGUAGCCAUGUCACCACCCCACCUGGGUGGUGGUUCCUGGAGACCUAGCUUGAAAUAGCAUUCAACACAUGCAGGAAGGCACCUUGAUCCUCACAUAACUCAUACACGAGCUUAUAUGGACCCACAUCUUCACAUUUUAUACUACACAACUGCCACUGAUCCUAAAAGCCUGCUAUUGUCAAGCUGAUUAGGA